AUGUCAGGCAAAAUGGUGAGGUCUGUGAAUGUGGUGCCUUUGGUUAAAGCGAAGAAAAAAAUACUUUCAAAUGAUGAGGAUGAAGAUACAGUUUCCUGCAAGUUAUGCUUCAAGAAUUUCGCAAAUGACGUAGCCCUGAGGAACCAUGCGCGGAUGAAGCACAUAGAUGAGUUUGCGACGGGAGACCCAUCCAUUUGGACAAACGUACUUUCGCCCAAAAGAUCAUCAACAGAUGAAGUUGAUCAGAAAGAGAUGGAACUUAUCACCUCCAUGGGCUCCACCGACUUAAGGUCUCUAACAUCAGAAGACGUCAGUUAUAUUAUAGUGAGGUCGGAAGACUGCCCCGAGCCAAUUAAGAGGAGAAUGUUGGAUAAGAUGGGAAAGGAAAAGAAACAGAUUAAAGUUGUUACACCAAAGGCCGAUAAAGAACCUCCGCCCAUAACGGGUCCGUUUGAAUGCCUCCAGCCAUCUAACCUGAUAGCGGAUGGAACCUGUCACCAAAUAUUCUUCUCGUGUUGCGAGUAUUCCAUACACUACCGGGACGAGCACACAAGGAGACGGAAAGGAUUAAGGUGUCAAGUUUGUGAGAAACCACUUAAUGCAGUAGAUGAGAACCAGUCAUUAUACAAUUGUGAGAUUUGUGGAGCUAGCUUUCAAACUAGCAAUGAGCUAUCGGAUCAUAGAACAGUUGCUCAUGUAAAACUGAAACCAUUCGAGUGCAAGAUAUGCAACAAGCGAUUCACACAGCAAGGCGGCCUGCAGCAGCACACUCGUAUGCACACGGGCUACCGUCCCUACUCCUGCACGGUCUGUCCCAAAACUUUCACCCAGAAGUCGGGACUGGACCAGCACACCAGGACUCACACCAAAGAGAGACCGUACCGCUGUAUUAUAUGCAGCAAGACUUUUUGCCAAUCGGUCACCCUAAAGCAACACAUGCGGACUCACACCAACGUGUCCCCCUUCCAGUGCGGGAUAUGUGAAAAGCGUUUCAAACAAAGCAGUCAUCUCAACUACCAUCUGAAAUGCCACAGCCCGCCAACAAUGAUAGAAGAACAGAAGAAGAAAUAUGUUGAAUCAAUAUGUGUAAUUGGACAAAAUGAAUCCGAGCAGAAUUACUCUGAACAGAAUGAAUCCGAAACCGUUGAAGAGAUAGUGGAAUGUCAACCAGACUUAGAACAAUCCUCGCAAAUUGAAUGUGAAGUGGAAACUGAAUAUGUUUUGAACGAAUGUGAAACUGAAGACAGUGAGACGUGGUGCGUUACUCUGGGAUAA